AUGAUUAAAGAACGGAAUGAAAAGGUAUUCCAUACAGAACCUAAUCUGAUGACUCAAGAAGGCUUCCACAUCAUCCCAUGGGAUAUGCGUCAAUGCUUUUCAAGCCCUUGUCUGAGCCUUCAUCUCAAAAACAGCAUCCCAAUGCCCAAGGAGAUUGAGAAUUGGCAAUCAGCAGUAAGAGAGACACUAAUGGAAGACAAUGUUGUCUCUUUGAUAUCUGUGAUAUGUGAGAUUUGGUUUGCAAUAUCUUGGAUAUUGGAUCAGUACCCCAAAUGGCUUCCUGUUAACCCAGAAACCUAUCUUGCUAGGCUUGCAUUAAGAUACGAUCGUGAAGGAGAACUGUCGCAAUUAGCUGCUGUUGACAUUUUUUUGAUUACUGUCGACCCGUUAAAGGAGCCUCCACUUGUGACAGCCAACACUGUACUAUCCAUUCUUGCUGUUGACUACCCAGUUGACAAGGUCUCUUGCUAUGUUUCUGAUGAUGGUGCUGCCAUGUUAACCUUUGAAGCACCGCUCGAGACAUCGAGUUUGCCAGAAAUGGGUACCUUUCUGCAAGAAAAGAUUGACUACCUGAAGGAUAAAGUUCAACCAUCAUUUCUUAAAGAUCAUAGAGCUUUGAAGUUGCAAAGACACAGAAAGUUCCUUGAAGAAGAAUGGAUUAUGCAGGAUGGCACGCCAUGGCCUGAUACACCAGACUUGCAUCAAUCUGUUAUGCGCCUUGGCGUAGGAUCUAGUCACAGGUCUAGACAAGAAAGAAUUCUUGCUUCGACCUAUGGUUACUCAAAAAGGCAGAUUCGUCCUUGA